UUUUUCUCCACGGAUGCUGUGGACAAACAAUUACUGUUGCAGAGAAACCUACUCGCGAAUCUAGAGGUAGACUCUGCCUGGGUUGGAUGGAGUACGGACAGUCUCUGCGGUCUCCACCCAGGAGUAGCCGGCAAUGGGGAAAAAUCUACUCACCUUCCUCUCUGCCGCCGGCGUCGCGCUUUUAGCUAUCCUCCUCCUUCCCGCUCUCAACCCUUCUCGGAGUCUAUGGAAGUGGCGCCGGACUUCCGCGGACCUGGUGGUGAUGAACGCCACCAUCUACACCAGCGACCCGUCCUUUCCCUUCGCCGAAGCCAUGGCCAUCCGGAACGGCCGGAUUCUCCGAGUUGGAAACUAUUCUUCCGUUAAGGACCCAGUGGGUUAUGGAACUCGAGAAUUGAAUCUUAAUGGGAAGGUUGUGAUGCCAGGGUUUAUAGAUUCGCAUGUGCACUUCAUAUCUGGUGGUUUGCAGAUGGGCCGAGUGGAACUUCGAGGUGUCAAAAGCCAAGAUAGCUUUGCUAAAAAGGUCAAAGAAGCUGUGAAGGAUAAAGUUCCUGGUGAGUGGGUCUUAGGUGGAGGAUGGAAUAACGAUCUCUGGGGUGGAGAUUUACCUUGUACUUCUUGGAUAAAUGAUAUUUCAUCUAACAAUCCUGUUUGGCUUUCACGCAUGGAUGGUCAUAUGGGCCUGGCCAAUUCACUCGCUCUAAAGAUUGCUGGAAUCACUAAUGAUACUCAUGAUCCAGUUGGUGGAACCAUUGUGAAAACUAAUGAUGGAGAACCUACUGGCCUGUUGGUUGAUUCUGCAAUGAAACUUAUUCAAGCUGUGAUUCCUGAGGUCUCAAUCCUAGAGAGGAGAGAGGCCAUGGUCAGAGCAAGCAAGUAUGCACUGAUGAGGGGGGUGACAACAAUUAUCGACUUUGGAAGAUAUUUCCCUGGUGCCUCAGUUGAUCAUGUUUGGCAAGAUUUAUCAGAUGUUUACAAAUGGGCUGAUUCUGCUGGAAAAAUGCUGAUCAGAGUUUGCUUAUUCUUUCCUAUACAGACAUGGUCUCAAGUAGUUGAUCUUUUCCAAGAAAGGGGCAGAGAGUUGAGUCAAUGGAUAUAUUUGGGUGGUGUCAAAGCUUUUGCUGAUGGGUCUUUAGGUUCCAACAGUGCACUGUUCUAUGAGCCUUACGAGGAUGAUCCUGAUAAUUAUGGUUUGCAAGUAACAGAUAUAGACUGGCUUCUCAAUGCAACACUAGAAUCAGACAAAUCUAGAGUUCAGGUUGCAAUUCAUGCCAUUGGAGACAAAGCAAAUGACAUGGUGCUAGAUAUGUUUGAUUCAGUGGUAUCUUUUAAUGGAAUGAGAGAUCGCAGAUUUAGGAUUGAACAUGCCCAACAUCUGGCUCAAGGAACAACAACUCGUUUUGGUCAACAAAAGGUUAUUGCCUCUGUGCAGCCAGAUCAUCUCUUGUAUGAUGCUGAUUCUGCUGAAAAGAAGUUAGGGGCUUUCAGAGCACAAAAGAGUUCAUAUUUAUUUCGCUCUCUCUUAGCUGGUGAUGCGCUGUUGGCUUUUGGUUCUGAUUGGCCAGUGAGCAUUAAUAAUCGUUUUCUUGAUUUACAACUUUUGGUCUUUUUUUGCACUACCUAUAAUGCAUUAAUUGCUGUGGAAUUUUAUUUUAAUGAUAAGUUAUUUAUGCAGGUUGUUGAUAUUUAUCCAUUAGAAGGGAUCAAAACUGCAAUGUCUCGGGUGCCUCCUGGAUGGGACACUGCUUGGAUUCCAAGUGAGCGUAUUGCAUUGGAUGAUGCUCUAAAAGCGCACACCAUUUCAGCUGCUUAUGCCUGCUUCCUUGAUCAUGAUCUGGGUAGUUUAUCUGCCGGGAAAUAUGCGGAUUUUGUGGUACUGCCAGCCGAUUCAUGGGAUGAAUUUUCGAAUGAUUUACCAUCAUCUGUCCUAGCCACUUAUGUAAAUGGAGUGCAGGCCUACCCAUAAAAUAACCGAGCUCUGGAAGCGUGCACUAUGUGAUGCUGCAACUGUAAUUAUCUUUCAGUUUACAUAUAAAUAAUGGUAAAAUAUAAAUAUAGCAGCUUGCUGCUCCAUUGGACUGUUGCAGUUCCCUCUCAGUUGAGGGCUGUAUUUCAGGCUGAUACUAGUAGUUGUAUCUGCUCAAGGGCCAUUUCAUCGUACCAUACCAAAAAAAAAGUGCAUAUUCUUUUUAGUUAAUGAAAUGGACCAUUGCCAAAGAAGUUGAGUCAAUCAAUUAGAUAUUAAUAUACUAGUGGAAAAUCAAGGCAAUAUGUGCUAAAUUGGCCAUUCAGGUGAUCAAGCUAAUCGAUCUUGUAGAUUAGGUUAAGUCAUUACCAGUUUACUCAAUUGAUUGGUUCCAGCCAGCGGGUGUUGCAGCUUGGAUGGCAUCUUAGCAAGGAACUGUGUGUUUUAUUGUGCCAUUUUCAUUGUUGGCUUUCCAUCUUCUCCUUGUUUCUUUCUUUCUUUGUUUUUUUUUUUCCGGUGGUGGACGGAUGAAGAAAGUGUAAAUAAAGCAAAUAUCCUGAUGUCUCUAAGCCAAACAACAACUAUGAUAUUUAUUUAAAUAUUUUCUGAUAACUGUAAAUAUUGUCUUAUGUGUUGGUUAUAGUAUUGAUAUUAAAAGAAUUGAGCUGCUAAUUUAUUAUCGUAUAGGGGAUGACAUCUCAGGAUAUAUCAGUUCACAUGGGGUGAAGAAACGAGAGUUGAUAUUAUUAUCAUAGAGUUAAUACCAUUGUAUAUUGUGAUAGCCUAGCCCGAGUAACAAAUUUCAGCCCACAAAGUCCGAA